ACAACUCGCACGUUGUAGUUCAAAUGUCCUUGCUUGUUUGUUUAUAACGUGACCAGGAAAUUGAUUGCCAAAAAAGUAAAAAUAAUUGUUUAUUUAUAUUGACGAAAAACAUUGCGCAUUAUUAGGAUUGUUGUAAUACCAAAGACGCCCCCAGUGCUCCCCCGAUACCGGUUGAAUUCAGUGAGGUUAUUGCAUGACUCAUGAAUUUCUGGAUCACUUAAUUCAUUUUAAAUUCGCAAACUGAUAACAAUUAAUUUUAAGUACGUACUCGACGAUAUCAGCUAUUAUUUAAUGCACAUGUGUUCGACGUAUACGCGAAGAGAAUGUUAUACUGUCCGCCUAACGUCUCCUUGUCCGAAGUUUGGAUUGACCAUGGCACGUCGAAGUGCUUCAUGGAUACGGUUUCCUCGUCGAUCAUCGGCGGAUUCUUGCUGCUGGCGGGAACUAUUCAGCUAAUGAUCUACAGGAAGUACGGCACGGAGGUGCCGCAGAGCGAGCUGUCGAAAUCGUCGCUUUACCGCGUGCAGAUCUUCUUCACGCUUCUAAUACCGGUGAUCGACGUGACGAAGUUCGUUUUGCAGGCGACCAUUUUGGGAGACAAGCAGAUCUACGGUUACAUGAUACUCUCCCUGGUGAUGACGCUGUUCGCUUACCCGUACUCGCUGCUCGUGCUGAAGAAGGAGAGGAACUUCCUGCUACCGUCGACGCCGCCUCGCGGUCACGGCCUCGUGCUGCUCCUCUUCUGGUCGUGCACCUUCAUAUCGGAGAACCUCGCCUUCGUCAACUUGGGCCAGAACGAGUGGUGGUUCAAGCUGAAAGAUACGAACGACCGAAUCGAGAUGGCGCUCUUCGUUCUUCGUUACAUAUCUUGCCUUGUGAUUUUCGUGCUGGGAUUGAAGGCGCCUGCCAUCAAGCCGCCGAGUUAUUUGGGAGUGGACCGUUCGAAUAUGAACAUUCCGCUCAUGGGCCAAAGCGAGAACGCGUCGACAUGGAGGAACGCUUGGCACAAACUGCGCACCUUGGCGCCGUUUCUGUGGCCGAAAAAGGAUCUCUGCCUUCAGCUACGCGUCAUCAUCUGCAUCAUUCUACUGGCGGCGGGCAGGGCGAUUAAUCUAUACGUUCCCAUUUAUAAUAAAUUAAUCGUUGAUAGUAUGACGAUUACGCCUAUCAGGUUUCGUUGGGAUUGGAUUUUAAUUUAUGUGGCUUUUAAGUUUUUACAGGGGGGCGGUACGGGGGGAAUGGGACUUUUAAACAACUUACGCUCGUUUUUGUGGAUUCGUAUUCAGCAGUAUACUACUAGGGAAAUUGAGGUGGAAUUGUUUAAACACCUCCACAGCUUAUCAUUACGUUGGCAUCUAAGCAGAAAGACUGGCGAGGUGUUGAGGGUGAUGGACCGCGGCACUGACAGCAUAAACAACCUACUUAACUACAUCAUCUUUUCCAUUACACCAACAAUUGUUGAUAUUAUCGUCGCCGUAAUUUACUUUGUAAGCGUUUUCAAUGGAUGGUUCGGUUUAAUCGUAUUCUCCACGAUGCUACUUUACAUCGUUGUUACAAUUGCCGUAACGGAGUGGCGCACCAAGUUCCAAAGACGCAUGAAUCUCGCCGACAACGCCACGCGAGCGCGUAGCGUCGACUCGCUGCUCAAUUUCGAGACGGUGAAGUACUACGGCGCGGAACAGUACGAGGUGGACGCUUUCCGCGACGUCGUCCUCAAGUACCAGGAGGAAGAGUUUAAGGCCGCCAUUACGUUGAACAUCCUAAACACUCUACAGAAUAUCAUAAUUUGCGGCGGCCUCCUCGCCGGUAGCUUGCUUUGCGUUCACCUGGUCGUCGACGAUCACAGCCUAACCGUCGGCGAUUAUGUGCUGUUCUCGAGCUACAUCAUACAGCUUUACGUUCCGCUGAACUGGUUCGGCACUUACUACCGGGCGAUCCAAAAGAAUUUCGUCGACAUGGAGAACAUGUUCGACCUGCUUCGCGAGGAGCAGGAGGUGAUCGACGCGCCCGGCGCCCUCCCCAUAGCCAUGAAGCGCGGCGGCGUCGAAUUUCGCAACGUCAGCUUCGGGUAUCUUCCCGAGCGUGUAAUUUUGAAAAACAUAACCUUUUCCGUGCCGCCUGGGAAAACCGUGGCGCUGGUGGGGCCUUCGGGAAGCGGGAAAAGUACGAUAAUAAGACUUUUAUUUAGAUUUUACGACGUGGACACCGGAUCGAUUAUAGUCGACGAUCAGAAUGUUAAAACUGUAACGCAGGAGUCGCUCCGAAGGGCCAUCGGUGUUGUACCUCAAGAUACUGUUCUGUUUAAUAACACUAUUAAGUAUAAUAUAAGCUAUGGGCGAAUCGGCGCCUCCGACACGGAGGUUGUGCAGGCGGCACGUGGUGCAGAUAUUCAUGACAGAAUCCAAACCUUCCCAUCCGGCUAUGACACCGAGGUGGGCGAGCGAGGGCUACGACUGAGCGGGGGCGAAAAGCAGAGGGUGGCCAUCGCGCGGACCCUCCUUAAGGCGCCCAUCAUUGUCCUCUUAGACGAGGCGACGAGCGCUUUAGAUACACAGACUGAACGUAACAUACAGGGAGCCUUAAGCGAGGUGUGUACGAAUCGCACCACCAUCAUAGUGGCACAUCGUCUGUCCACCAUAAUCCACGCCGACGAAAUUCUCGUGUUAAAAGAAGGCGAAAUUGUGGAGAGGGGAACGCACUUGAAUUUGGUGGGACAAGAAGGCGUCUACGCCGCCAUGUGGAAGCAGCAGUUACAAAGUAGAGAUAAUAGUUCUGUAGAAAACAGUCUGGAACAGAGCGUCGAUAGUAAAAAUCCCAUAGUAUAAUUGUGUCAAAUGUGAUAGGCAACAAAGUAAUGUAGGUAAUUAUAAUUAAAACAGCUUAACAGUC